GAAGAAGCAGAAACCGGAUGUUCCGGUGGUGUCGGAGCAGAGCAGCAGAGUCUCUAAUCACAGACCCAGAACCAGAACCAGAACCAGACCCAGAACCUGAACCUGCUCUGCUCUGCUCCGGGUGAACUGAUGGGGUCCCUGCUGGUCCUGCUGAGCCUGCUGGUCUCUCUGGUCCCUCUGGCAGCCUGGGACCUGGGACCGGAUCUGGAGCUGCUGGACCUGGUGGAGGAGAUCCAGAUCAACUUCUACACCUUCCUGUCCCUGGACCAGGAUGCGUCUCCAGCAGAGAUAAAGAAGGCGUAUCGACGGCUGUCUCUCUCUCUGCAUCCUGACAAGAACAAAGAUGAAAAUGCUGAAACUCAGUUCAGACAGCUUGUGGCCAUUUAUGAAGUCCUGAAGGACGAAGAGAGACGACACAGGUAUGAUGACAUCCUGGAAAACGGGCUUCCUGAUUGGCGGCAGCCGGUCUUCUACUACAGACGAGUGAGGAAGAUGAGUAAUGCUGAGCUGGCCUUCCUCGUCUUCCUCAUCCUCACUGUGGGACACUACGCUGUUAUCUGGUCCAUCUACCUGGAGAAACAGCUGGACGAGCUGCUGAGUAAGAAGAAAAAGGAGAAGAAAAAGAAGCUGAGCUCCAGACCUCCAGAGGAGCUCAGGUGUAUUGGCCAGGACCGGACCGAAAGAGUUCACGAUCGUCCACACUGGCAGGACAUCCUCCCUCUGAAGCUGAGCAUCUGGCUCUAUCUGUCCAUCAAGAACCUGCCCCAGACUGUCCAGGAGGUGAAGCAGUACUAUGAGGACUACCAGCAGAUGAAACAGCAGCAGAGAGAAGAAGCUGAAGCUGAACAGGAAGUUGUCCCCAGAGAGAAGAGGCCGAAGGUCAAGAAGCCCAAGGUGGAGUUUCCUGUUUAUGAGCUAUCAUCAGAGAACCCGACCUGCCAGAGCUACGACCAGGACACGUCCAUCGAGGACAUCGAGGACCAGAUGGACGACUGGCUGCAGGACCGCAGAGCUGCCAAGAAGAAGGCUUCAGACUGGACGGAGGACGAGCUCAGCCUCCUCAGUAGGUUGAUGGUUAAAUUCCCUGGAGGAACUCCGGGUCGCUGGGAGAAGAUCGCUCAUGAACUGGGAAGAUCGGUGACCGAUGUGACGACUAAAGUCAAACAGGCGAAAGACAACGUGAGCCACACCUCAGGUCUGGUGAAGCUGUCAGAUCUGAAGGGACAUCCUCUUCCUGUGAGGUCACUUCCUGUUGCUGACAGGCUGAUGACUCAGAGAGAGGGGGCAGCCUGUGAGGAGGAGCAGGAGGAGCAGGAGGAGGAGGAGGAGGAGGAGGAUGAAGCAGCUCCGGCGAUCAGGAGGAGGAACAGGAAGUCAGCAUCAGGCGGGGGGGAGGUGAAAGUCAGAGGUCGUCGGCAGAGAGAUUUUGACCCGACGGCGGGGGUGGAGGAGGAGGAGGCGGAGCCUCAGGAGAACAGGGAGAAGGCGGACCCCGCCAUCUGGACUCAGAACCAACAGAAACUGCUGGAACUCGCUCUGCAACAGUUCCCCAGAGGAACCGCAGAGCGCUGGGACCGCAUGGCCAAGGUGGUCCCUGGGAAGACCAAGGAGGAGUGUAUGAUUCGUUAUAAGAUGUUGGCGGAGCUCGUUCAGAAGAAGAAACAGGCUAAAAGCUGAUUAAAGGUCGUGACCCCUGACCGGCUGUGACCUCUGACCUCCUGCUCCGCUAAGCCCCUCCCCCCUUGGUUACUGUUGCUAGGCCCAGUAUGUCAAUACGACUAUUAAAGGAGAUCCCGUCAGACAGGAAGGACAACAGGAAGCGGGCCGAGUGCCUCUGGCUGACGUGUGAUUGGACGGUGGCUGCUUGAGGGCGGGGCUUAGCGAGAUGUUUUUAGUGUCUGUCCAGGUGAGCUGCCUCUGGAUCGGACUGAACUCUGACCUGUUUAGUUUCUGUGUGACGUGGCGUCUCACCUUCUCAGGUGUUUUAUAACGGAGGUGUCAAAGGAAGCAGGAAACCAGUCGGAACCCGCCUGACCUCUGACCUCUGACCUCAUCGUCUCAUGUGCCUUAGCUCUGUUCAGCAUGCUGUCAAUCAACCUCUGUUCAACUAAUCAAUAAAAAGUAUUUAUUAUCUCUGA